AUAACAGUUGCAAAAAAAAAAUAAAUAAGACACAUCAAACUGCAUCAAACAGUUUUUGCCAUAGAAAAUAAUGCAAAAUAACUUUUUAUGGUGUAAAUUAAAGUUAUAAUAAUAUAUUAAUCAAAUAAGUUAAUUAUUUGUAAAAAAAAUAAGCCAUGAAUUUCGAAUUUUUAUUGAUCUUUUUAUUUCACAUUUGUACAUGUGUCAUUGGAAGUGAAUUGGAUUACGAUGGUUACUUGCAGCUUCAAUUAUUCCAUGCACUGAAUGAUGAUCCUGUUCCAAAUUAUACAGAGCGUGGCAAUAUUACUGUGACAAGUAUUCGUACUGGAGCAUCGACAAUUGGCCAAAUGGGACUUCAAGAAUCACAAAAGCAAGAUUUAAUUAAACUUGCUGAAAAUAAUAGUAAAUAUCGAAUGAAAAUUAAUGUACGUAGUUCAUCUGGCAGUGAAUCAACAUUUUUAACAUCAGUGCCAGCAUGUCAUUUAUUGGGUACUGAACUUGAAGAUAUAUUAGCAAUUUGGGUUGAUGGAUCAGCUCAACCAAUAUCUAUUACACAAAUAUCACCAGGACCAUGUUCAUUAUCAUCACCACCAACAAAUAUGUGGACAACAAAUGUUGAAGUAAGACAUCCUGAUGGUGGACCAACUCCAGACACUGCAUCUUAUAUUUAUAAAAUUGAACGUGAAAAAGAAGCCAGAGAACGUGGUGAAACCAAAGAUAACAGAUCAUUUAUUGCAAAAUAUUGGAUGUACAUUCUUCCUGCUGUCAUAUUUGUCGUUUUAUCAUCAGCAGCAAAUCCAGACGCAGCUGGUGGUGGUGGUGGCCAAAGGCAAUAAUAUUAUUAAGUUAAAUUAAA